AAAUUGCAUAAGAAAUGUCGGAAAAGUUUCUACUCGGCAGGUAUAACGCUGGAGGGCAACUGUACCAGCAGUGUGUUGAGCUACACCUCAAAUCACCAAAAGUACGUAGUGACGGGUCACGCCUGCCGCUACGACCCCAGCACACCACCUACGAUACCCCAGGUCGCUACGAACAACUUGCAUAUUCUUCAUGGUGACCAUAUCAUGGGAGACGAGUUCGUCCAAGUGUGGCAGUUGAUCUCCCAAGGUGCCAUCAAAAUCACAUCUUUCAAGAUGCCAGGUGUCGCAGAUAUGCAGGUGGUAAUGAUGGGCGAGUUGCCGUGUCUGGUGGUGGUAGAGGCUCGUGGCACAGACACGGUCCUCAUGUGCGAGAGAGAGAACAGUUUCUUUGAACGACAGCGCAUUCACACUCGCAACCCUGCCAAAGUAUGUGUGUGUCAUCACCGUGAUCCUUCUGGCCGCAUCAUCACACUGAUGGCCUUGGCUGACUCCGGAGACUCUACCCAGGCUGUUGGUUCCAUCUACGUGUAUAUUUACGACGAAGCUUUCGCAGAGUUCUACCUGGUGCAGGAGCUGCUGCUGGAGAACUUGGUGUGGGUGCAUCUCUUCUCCUACAACGCUGAUCUGUUGAUGGUGGCGCUCUCGGAGGAUGUUCACGGUGAUGGAGGGGGCAAAGUGGUGGUCUACAGACUGGAUUGGAUCAUUGGCAAGGGUAUUAAAUUACUCGGUCACUUGGGUAGCUCCAAGACUGCUGCUGCGGCUACAUUACUCUCGACCAACCCUAGUUUCUUCGUGGCACAGGAGCUGCCGGUCGAUCUCCCGAAGGAAGCUCAGUUCUCCCGUAUACCUACAGGAGAGGUCUGUCUCUACGUGAUCAACCGUAACGGGCUUGUUACUUGGUUCUGUCAGGAGGGCAUCCACAGAUUCAGGAAGGAAGGAGAACUUCAUGUGCCAGGAAAACUGACUCUGGAGGCCUGGAUGAUCUCCGAUGGAGAGAAAAUGGUUCACAGGAUCUCUGUGGCCGGUCAGAGUUGCUCAGAAAUCGAAACAAACAGCACCUCAGCUACCUGCUGAGGUGCUGGAGAUGAGAAUAAGAGGGGCUGUAUAUGAAAAUUAGCAAAUACAAAAUGUUAGAAAUUUCAAGAGGUACUAAAGAUGUAAAGUGAUUUAAUGAUCUCGAGUAUAUAGCUUAAAUCUUAACAUUUGUCGACUCUGUUGAGCUAUAAAAAUAUGAAUUGGUUUGAAUAUUUUCUUGCUUAUCCAAAUUUUUGGAUACACCAUGUUGGCACGGGUAAUUAACCAUAUUCAUGAAAACAAAUAACUUUGUUGUCGAAGUGUUUUAAGAAUACUUGUGUAGAAAGAUAGUUGCGCUGUUUUUAAAUAAUUUAUAAUAGAAUUUACACAAUUGUUUUUAUUGUUGAAAUUGAGUUUCUUCCAAUGGUAAUAGUGUAGUUUUAAAGUUUUAUUCCUGUUAUUUAAAUUCUUGCCACUGAGUCACAUUUGUUUAUAAAAACUUUAAUUUUAUCCUGAGAGUGGUUUUUGAAGCCUUCCAAUCAUUUUUGUAUACAGAAAACUGUGGAUUUGAAGUCAAUGUUUCUAAUGGAAUCGCGGAAGUGGUUGCAAAGCAAUUUUUAUGGAGCAAUUGGUUAAAAAAUAAAUCGUCGAGAAUUUUUCUUGUUAAUAAAUGAAA